AUGAUUUUACCUCUUUUUCGUCGUAUGUUAAGUCUUGAAGAAUUAACUUUGUCUAUUUUUGUUGAAGAACGAACAUUUAUCGAUGGUACUUCUCUUUAUAAUGAAAUUCUUGUUUAUAUGCCACGACUUUAUAUGUUUAACUUUUGGAUUUGUACUGAGAACAUGAUACAUAAUUCAAUUCAUCAUUUAUCUGAAGAUGAUAUUCAACGAACUUUUACUAAUAUUAUAUUUCAACAAGUGGAAUGUAUUGUCAAUUACUUGUAUCGUAUUACUCAAUUGCAAGAUGAUGUUCCAUUCGAACAUGAAUUUUUCAUUCGAAUUGCUUGGUCUUUUCCAUUACUUCAACAAUUAACUAUUAAGAAUGUUAGACCACAAUCAUCAUUAUCAGACCAAUUAAAUUCUAAUGAUAAUCAAUUAUAUUCAAUUGUUAAUUAUCCUUAUCUUAUUUCACUUUGCUUUGAAAAUGUUCAUAAUGAUUAUGUUGAACAAUUUCUUAACGAUACAAAAACACAUUUACCUCGUCUAACAAACUUAACAAUUAAUUAUGAUCAAUUACAACUUGUGACAGAAAAUUUUACAAAAGAAAGAACACGGCUCAAUUGUAUCAAUGUCAAUGAAUUAUAUCUUAUGAUAGAAACAAUAGUACAUUCAAAAGAUUUCUAUGUUUAUUUUUCUUUGUUGUAA